AGUAAAAUAAUUAAAAAAAACUUUAUUUCAUUUAUAUAUACUCACAACCCCUUCAUUACUCUCCCAAAGUUCCAGCCAUCAUCAUCCUACUUUCCUCCUCCUUCCUCCGCCGCCAUCUUCCAUUUUCAUUUCCUUCUUCCUCCGCCACCAUUUUUUUUUUCUGAAGAAGGAAAUCAAAGGGAAUAACAGGAAAUGGCUUUAUCUAAUGCAUCAUCAGCAUUAGCCUCAAGAUCAAUCUUAUCAGGGAACAACAACAACCAGUCCCACCAGCCGAAUUUCACUUUCCUCCUUCCUCCGGCCACCGCCGGCCACCUGAAGCCCAAAUCCCGCAACCCCAUUUCAGCUGUCCACGCGUCUGAGCCGCCCAAGACGCCAAUUGCCGGAACUGCUGCCGCCGCGUCCAAGGCGGCGGCCCCUUCUGUCGAGGGGAAACAGGGGAAAUGGAGUUUGGAUAGCUGGAAAACGAAGAAGGCCCUGCAGCUUCCUGAAUAUCCCAAUCAAGAAGAGUUGCAGGCUGUUCUUGACACUAUUGAGGCUUAUCCUCCGUUGGUCUUUGCCGGGGAAGCUCGGAAUUUGGAGGAGAGGAUUGCUCAGGCUGCAAUGGGGAAUGCUUUCCUGUUACAAGGUGGGGAUUGUGCUGAGAGUUUCAAGGAGUUCAAUGCUAAUAACAUCAGGGAUACCUUCAGGAUUCUUCUUCAGAUGAGUGUUGUUCUGAUGUUUGGUGGUCAAAUGCCCGUUGUUAAGGUUGGAAGAAUGGCUGGUCAGUUUGCAAAACCAAGGUCGGACCCAUUUGAGGAGAAGGAUGGUGUAAAGCUGCCUAGUUACAAGGGUGACAACAUCAAUGGUGAUGCUUUUGAUGAGAAAUCAAGAUUUCCGGAUCCUCAGAGGUUGAUAAGGGCUUACUGUCAAUCUGCAGCAACUCUCAAUCUUCUUAGAGCCUUUGCUACAGGUGGUUAUGCUGCUAUGCAGAGAGUGACUGAAUGGAAUCUUGAUUUUGUGGAACACUGUGAGCAGGGAGAUAGGUACCAAGAAUUGGCUCACAGGGUUGAUGAGGCCUUAGGUUUCAUGGCUGCUGCUGGACUUACCAUUGAUCAUCCUAUCAUGUCAUCAACUGAGUUCUGGACAUCCCACGAGUGUUUGCUUUUACCUUAUGAGCAGGCACUUACCAGGAAGGAUUCUACUAGUGGUCUUUUCUAUGAUUGCUCUGCUCACAUGCUCUGGGUUGGGGAACGCACAAGGCAACUAGAUGGUGCCCAUGUAGAAUUUCUUAGAGGGGUUGCGAAUCCCCUUGGUAUUAAGGUACUUAUGAUGCAUAUUUAUCCUUGAUGAGUGAUUGAAUCAUAUUUUUCCUUCGAUCAACUAGGAAUUUAUUUUACCUUUCUGAGACAAGAAUAUUCCCGCUGUUCCUUGGUUGGCACUUGGCAGCUCAUUCCUACAAGAUAUACUUUUGUAUAUUGAUAUAGGUAGUUGAGAUCAAUUGUGACAACCAAAGGAAAGUAGUCCUUAAUCAGAGAAGCAAGUUCUGCAUUUUGUAUCUCAACUCUUGAUGGUUCCAGAAAUCUGUCCCUUGUGAUUGUUGUCUUCUUUUAUGAUAUUUGCAUGAGUUUCCUCCUGGGGUUCUGAAGUAACUUUUUCUGCACGUUAUGUCCUAAACUAUUGUCACCUUUCAGGUGAGCCAGAAAAUGGAUCCCAAAGAGCUGGUCGAGAUCAUCGAGAUCUUAAAUCCCAUUAACAAGCCUGGAAGAAUAACUAUAAUUGUUCGAAUGGGAGCAGAAAAUAUGAGAGUUAAACUUCCUCAUUUGAUCAGGGCUGUUCGUGGAGCAGGACAGAUUGUUACUUGGGUUUGCGAUCCUAUGCAUGGGAACACCAUUAAAGCACCUUGUGGACUCAAAACACGUGCUUUUGAUGCAAUCUUGGUAUGCAAAUUCUUGUUAUCGUCUUGCAAUGUUCUGAAGUUCUUUGGAAACUGAUACUGGAGUGCUGGCAAAUUACUUGAGUAUUCUGAACUGAACCCAGAAAAUAUCGCAUGAAGUUGUCCCAUUUUUUUAAUUAUUUUUUUCAUUGCGAGAAAAUUUAUAGAGGUCCCACAAAAGAAGCUCUUAAACUUUCAGAACUACGCUUUCAGAUAAACUACUGAUUAGAGUUUACCUGUGGAUACUAAUAAGCUUUAUUUCCCCUCAAAUUAUGGGUAGUUGAUGGAAAGCCAAACCUAAUUCAUCAUAAAUAAUCAAAUAACUUCUUGCAUUGAAAAUGGUCCACUGCUUUGGUAGUGGAGGUAACAUCUAUGAACAUCAUUAACCUGUGAUAGUGAUUAGUUUGCAAAUAGGUGAGGUGGUCCUCUAUUUUGAUUUAGAAAUUCUCCCAAACAGGUGAUUAGUUUGCAUGUGAAAUUGUGAUUGCACUUGAAGAACCUGUCCUCACCCAAAAAUUGUACAUGUAACAGCCACCCCAAUGGGAUCCUAUUUCAUUUUGAUUUCCGUCUGAGCCUACACGGAUCUAAUCACAUGAGACUACAUGAAUUUGCAGGCGGAGGUUCGAGCAUUCUUUGAUGUACACGAGCAAGAAGGGAGCCACCCUGGAGGAGUUCAUCUGGAAAUGACAGGACAAAAUGUGACAGAAUGCAUUGGUGGUUCAAGAACAGUGACUUUUGAUGAUCUGAGCUCUCGCUACCACACACAUUGUGAUCCCCGACUGAAUGCUUCUCAGUCUCUUGAACUUGCAUUCAUCAUAGCUGAACGGUUAAGAAAAAGGAGGUUGGGACCUCAGCGCCGGCUAUUUUAAGCUUGUUGGUAUUUUACUUCUACGUUUUGUGUGUUAGCGAGAAAAUAGCUAAAAGUUUUUUCUGAGCCGCUAGGCAAGAGCCUAUCUCUUUGAAGUAAAGAACUUUUUACAGUGAGGAAAGGAGGAUUAGUGAAAAGGCUUUAUGUAGAAAACUGCUCAACAUGGCUGGUCUAAACUUCAUCUAUCCAUAUGCUCGGAGCUUGAGUUUAAGCUAUGAAAAAAUCUUGUUAGCUGAAGCUGCUUGGAUCUGAGAUUUCUACAUUGUCUUAAUGUAGUAAUAAUAAUACCUAUAUAUGUAUCUGAAGCUGAUACUUUGAAGUUCAAUUAGUUUCAGCAACAAUAGUUGCCCUUGGCAUUAAUAUCCCUGAUGAAGUGGUUUUUUUGUUUGUAUAUUUUCUUCGUAAUCAGAACAGGUAAUUUCAACACAUUAUAGUUAGAGAGAAGGUUAACUGAACCACUUGAACCCUUUUAUACAGCUUUCACAUCUGCUCUAGGAUGGUUGUGGCAUUUGGAUAUUUGAGGUGGUAUGUAUUUUUAUGAGACAAAGUUAACACAUUUACAAAUUAUCAUCGCCAGAGGAGUGCAAUUUUCACAAUGCUAAGGGGAAACAGAAGCCAUGUAAUAUUAUUUUACAAUGUCUAAAUCUUAUCUUAUUUUUUUUUGGCACCUGGCACAUUCAAAUUUUGUUUUUCCUGAUUUAUUAUUAUUAUAUUAUGAUUUUUUUGUCUUGA